AUGGCCACCCGUUCUUUCAACUUCAGUGUUACCUAUUGCAGCACACCCCAGAUGGACAGAGUGAUAAAUGGACGUUUUUCAGUUUCUCUCGCACUGUUGCUUACCUCCCGCCGCGUAAACGCGCUUACGGCUCGUAUUCUCCUUCUCAGAGGCAACUUUCGCGUCUACACGGUCCGAGACCUUCAGCGAUUGUUUGAUAUGCUUGAGCAUGGAAAGCUGAGUUUCGUGAGGCGAAUUCAUAUAUCACUAAGCAACAUCGAUUCGGACAAAGAUUUCGCUGAAGACACUGUGGCGGCUGAAAAUGCUUUCGAGCGAUGUAUCUCGCUCAUAAAUCGUCUGUCUUCAAAUUUACUGAUUCUGAAUAUUCAUCCACUCGUCGAAUUUCGUUGGGUUACUGGCUGUGAUGCCCGCGGCAUUGGCAACUCUGUUCCCCAUCCUCCACCUACAAAAGACCAUUUGGAAGCACUGCAGAAAAAACAUGGCCACACUCUGCGGUGGUUGAUCAUGCAGUAUGGCUAUUGGCUUCGCGAAAUCAGCGAACCGGCUACUUUUGUGUUCACUGCCGAUGAUGUUGAAACUUUCCUAAGAGAUCUUGAUCUUGAGGGUGUGGUCAUCACGGUUCCACACAUAAAUCUAUGCCUAGCCAUCCUAAUGCUUGCAUUUGAGAGACAAGCAUCAUUUUCUUAA